AAAUAAAAACAAACAAACUGUUGCUGCCUGUAGGGCUUCAUUUGUUUGUUCAAUAAUGGUAGCCUACUGUUGUGUCAAAGGUUGCAGUAACAACAGCAGCAACAAGAAGAAAGACCCCAAUGAUGUGACAUCGUUUCACGCCUUCCCGUCAAAUAUAGAACUCAAACAAAAGUGGCUAAAAGCUAUUGGGAGGCCAGACUGGGCUCCACCGGCCUAUGCCCGCAUUUGCAGCGGACACUUCAGCUAUGAGCAGAUAAACCACGAUGGACGGAGGAUAAGGAUUAAGGAUGAUGCAGUACCUGUAAAAGAUUUACCUGCCAACUCCAACUUUGAGGCGUCAGAUGUGGAAGUCUGCAGGUUUUGUCUGGCCACGGAGGUGCGCCUGCACAGCCUUCAGGAUGGAGUGCACCGGUUAUACUUGGAGUCCUUAGUAGGGUAUAAUGAAAACUACAAUAUAGAAGGUCUCCCACAGUUUAUUUGCUAUGAGUGUGCUGCUCACCUGAAAAAAUGCUACAAGUUGCUGGAAAAGAGCCUGACCGUACAAGCUACUUUGCUUGACAUUUUUGCACAAUACGGAAAGAUCACAAUAAACCUUAUUAAAACAAAGAAUCGCAAGGAGCUAAACUUGUCGUCGCCAUUAAGCAUACAGGAAAUUAAAACGAUAGAUGAAUUCAAACAGAGCCAUAAUUUGGAAAACAAUGAAAGUCACACUGGAAAUAAACUUGGAACAGAUGACAGUUACUUAGAAGUUAUAAAUUUAAUGAUAAAUCCUGAAGGUGUUAAAGAUAGUGAAAAUGCUGAAGCUCUGAAUGAGGAUGUCAUUGAAGGCAGAAACUUGAAAGAUGAUAGUAGAUCAGAUCCUUUUGAUGAUGCAUUCAGUAAUUCUACUGAGUUGAGUUUAGAUGAUGAAGUUAAAUCUGAACCAGAAAAAGAAACAUUGGAUCAAGUACCCAAAGUUAGCCUUGUAACAGGAUGGAAAGAGCAGGUGCCCGAACGAAAGAGAGCACGUGUGAAAUACACGGCCAGAGCAACUGUGCUGACAAGGCUGACGCCUGACGAACGCAACAUGCUGCAGUAUUUUGAUAUUAGUUUUUUGAAGUUAGAACAACAAAUAGAAGAAUGGAGCAAAUCAAAAGAGAACAAGGAAUUUAGUGGAGAAUCGUUUAAAUGUCACAUAUGCUCGAAAACGUUUGCAUAUCAAAAUAGCUAUAAACUGCAUACACAGAGCCAUGAUCCCAGCCGAGGGAGCGCCGAGUGUCCCGUAUGCAAGGUGCGUUUCAAGAGCGAGGUGGUAGCGCGCUCGCACGCCAAUCGCGCUCAUGCCAAGAAAUUCUACUGCAAAUUAUGUCCGAAGGCCUUCAACAAUGUCGGCGUGGCGAAGAAGCAUCACUUGUGGCACUCGGGCUACGUGUACAAAUGCGAGCGCGCGCACUGCUCGUACUCCACCGCGCAUGCGUCGGCGCUGGGCGCGCACGCGCGCGCGCACGCCGGCGCGCACGCGUGCGCGCGCUGCGGCCGCGCCUGCGCCAGCGCGCGGGGGCUGCGGCUGCACGCCAACACUGUCCAUCGAGACGUUCAGGGUGCUUAUUCACAUAUGAGCUUAUUGUUACAGGAGUCUGAAAACAAUCCGAAAUACAGAUGUGAUCAGUGCGAGCUCAACUUCGAGUCGGAAGGGGCGCGUCGAGUGCAUAUACUCACGUCCAAUCAACACAAGAAGAAAACUAAUCUAUGUGACACAACACCGCAAGAACAGAGCCUAAAAACCACUUGCAAUAAGUGCGGUACAGAGUUUCCGACGCUAAAGGCGCUAAUAGAGCACAGAAGAGCAGAGCACAGAAGGACCAAGAAGAAAACCAGCUGGAGUCUGCCAGGAGACUCUUAUCCGACGAAGUGUGAUCAUUGCGAGACUGUUGUGUCCAAUCGUGCGGAACAUUGGCGCCAUGUUCGCGUAACGCACCCCGCGCAGCGCGCCACCUACCGGCCCGUAGUGACUGCUGUCUGCGACACUUGCGGGAAAGGCUUCCAGAACUCGACAAAGCUGUCGCUGCACGUGCUCCGUCACGGCGCGCCGUCGGUCCCGUGUCCGCGCUGCCCGCGCGUGCUGUGGGACAAGCACGCGCUGGCGCGCCACGCCGCCUCGCACGCGCCCGCGCGCCCGCACCGCUGCCCGCUGUGUCCGAGGGCCUUUAAACAGAGGGCGAACCUUGAUAGACACGAAAGGGUACACACCGGUGUAACUCCAUACGAGUGUUCCAUGUGCGGCAAGAAGUUCAAAUACUCGACCAGCAUGAACCUGCACGUGCGGACCGUGCACUACAAGUUGCCGCACCCGCCGAGGAAGUAGAAUAACAAGCUGGAUGAGAGUGAUAUUCAUUAUAUGAAA